UCCUAAUUUCACUAUUAAAUAUCAUAUUCAUAAAGGAAGUUGUGAUAGAUGGCACUGCGUUCAUUGGAAAGCCACGAUGGCUCAGGACGAGCUUCCCUUUUCUUUCCGAGUCGUCAGCCAUCAUGCCGCCGAAGAAGGACACGAAGGGGUCUUCGAAACAGCCCCAAAAGACCCAGAAAAAGAAGGAGGGUGGAUCCGGUGGAAAGGCAAAGAAGAAGAAGUGGUCCAAAGGAAAAGUCCGUGACAAGCUAAACAACCAGGUGUUGUUUGACAAGGGCACCUACGACAAAUUGUUGAAAGAAGUGCCACAAUAUAAAUUGAUCACACCUUCGAUUGUCAGCGAGAGGCUGAAGAUUCGCGGCUCCUUAGCCAGAAGGGCUCUCAUCGAGCUACAACAGAAGGGCCUGAUUAAACAAGUUGUUCAGCAUCAUGCCCAGUUGAUUUACACUCGCACGACUAAGGGUGAUGACCCAGCUGUAUAAGGUUUCUUAUACCAUGAAUAAAUAGGUUUAAUACAAAAACUAAAAAUUACAA